GAGCAGAGCCCGGGGAUGCGCACAAUGUGAGUCCUCCGCUCAGAGGCACCGCUGUCCUCUCCUCUCCGCUUCUUGGCAGCAUCUUGUGGAGUGUAAUCUGAGGAGGUCGAGGAACGUCCCGGCGUAGCGCUGUUAUCAUCCUCAGCCAGCAUUAUUCACUCAGUGAUUGUUGGAAUUUACCGAGGUGGUAGAAGCUACUGUUAGUCCCAUCCUCAAAGACCGGGAGACGCACUUUAGACGGAGCAGAAUUUAAGUACAGAGCGCAAACACUGCUGGAGCAGAGAGCAACCUCUUCUUUGGCUUCUGAAAAAGACAAGAGUUGCUGUGAGAGAUGUUAUCCGCUCACUAGAUCCAGAGAGAACGCAUCUAACGAAGAGUGGAAUUACAAUCAUAACAGUUUAAUGAAGAGAAAAAAAAUCCAUCUUAGAGCAAAUUAAAAUUCUUGUAUUCAAGGGAGAGCAUUCCAUUCACAAGCAAUUGGAUGAGAGUCUUAUUAGCCCUCGGCAACUAAAGAUGAUGUUACCAUGGAAACAAAUUGUUCUGCUAUCAAUCACUGGAUGCCUUGCAGCCUGUACAGAGGAUGUCAUAUUUCAAGGGCCAAGAUGGAGGACGGAGCCAAGUGACCUCAUUUUACCAAUCAGCUCCCCAGACCAGCAAGCUACUAUCACGUGCGAGGCAGAAGGGAGCCCUCCUCCACAGUACAGAUGGUCACUAAACGGAACACUCAUUGAUCUGGGGAAUGACUACCGGCGUCACAUGUCUGGGGGCAGCCUGAUCAUUAGCAACCUGGACAAGGACCAAGACACUGGGGUGUACCAGUGCACAGCCUUCAACACAUGGGGCUCCAUCCUCAGCCGCAGAGCCAGCCUCCAAUUUGCAUAUCUUGAUAACUUCAAAACCCAAACAGUGAGGAGUGCUGUCAAUGUCCGUGAGGGCCAAGGAGUGGUUCUGUUAUGUGGACCACCUGCACAUUCUGGAGAGCUGGCCUUUGCAUGGAUCUUCAAUGAAUACCCGUACUUUGUCCAACAAGACAGUCGGCGAUUCAUCUCUCAAGAGACUGGGAGUCUGUACAUUGCUAAAGUGGAGCCCUCAGAUGUAGGAAACUACACAUGUGUGGUGAACAACACUGUCACGAGGGAGAAGGUGCUCAGUUCUCCAACACCACUGGUCCUCAGAAGUGAUGGAGUAAUGGGUGAAUAUGAACCCAAAAUAGAAGUUCAUUUCCCUGAUUCAGUUCCAGCUGCGAAGGAAUCGGUGGUGAAACUGGAAUGCUUCGCUUUGGGAAACCCUGUCCCAGAAAUAAGCUGGAGAAGAACCAGCGGUGUCCCUUUCCCCAGCAAAGUCAAAAUGAAGAAUGCAAACGCCGUCCUUGAAAUCCCUAAUUUCCAGCAGGAAGAUGCGGGCGCAUACGAAUGUAUGGCAGAGAAUAGGCGAGGCAAAAAUGCUGUGCGGGGUCGUAUUUCAUUCCAUGCUAAACCUCACUGGCUCCAGACAAUGACGGACACGGCUUUGUCCAUUGAGGAAAAUCUCUUCUGGGAAUGUAAGGCCAAUGGAAAGCCUAAACCGUCCUAUAGCUGGCUGAAAAAUGGGGAGCCAGUGGCUGAGGGCCGGGUACAAAUUGAAAACGGGGCCCUUUCUAUAGCUGCGUUAAACCUGUCAGAUUCUGGGAUGUAUCAGUGUGUGGCAGAAAACAAACAUGGCAUUAUUUAUUCCAGUGCCCAACUAAUGGUGUUAGCUUCACCUCCCAGUUUCUCCAAAAGUCCGUUAAGAGCCUUGGUAAAAGCUCGCUCAGGCAGUGAAGUCACUCUCGAAUGCAAGCCUCAGGCCUCGCCCCCAGCAAUUAGCCUGUGGAAGAAAGGCAAUGAGAUCCUGCAGAGAACUGAAAGGAUUACUUUGCUUCCCAAUGGAACAUUAAAAAUCGCCAAUGUAACCAGACGAGAUGCAGCCAGCUACACGUGCAUCGCUAAGAACCAGUUUGGGACAGCAAGCACAACUGGGAAGCUGAUUAUCACUGAGCCCACCAGAAUCACCAUGAGGCCUACUAACAUGGAGAUUAUUGUUGGCGAGAGCAUCGUGUUACCCUGCCAGAUUGCCUGCGAUCCAGCUCUGGAUGUCUCUUUCUCGUGGGCAUUCAACGGCCAGCUCAUCGACUUCCAGCGAGACAGCGAUCAUUUUGAAAGAGUGGGCGGGAGUAUAUCAGGGGAUCUGAUGAUUCGUAAUAUCCAGCUGAACCAUGGAGGGAAGUAUGUCUGUGUUAUUGACACUGAUGUGGAGAGCCUGUCCACCUCUGCAAUCUUGGUUGUCAAAGGUCCGCCAGGUCCUCCAGACAAAGUAUCAGUGGAGGAGAUCACAGACAGUACAGCCCAGCUUUCCUGGACUCCUGGAAGAGACAAUGGCAGCCCCAUCACCGGCUACAUCAUCCAGGCCCGAACACCUUUUACAGUGGGCUGGCAGGCUGUCGACACAGUGCCGGAGGUCGUCAAUGGGAACAUGCUGACAGCCACAGUGGUGGGUCUGAACGCCUGGGUAGAGUAUGAGUUUAGGGUGGUGGCUCGCAAUAUCGUAGGCCUGGGAGAACCUAGCCCAGCCUCAGCCAAGACCAGGACAGAGGAUGCCAUUCCUGAUACAGCUCCCACUGAUGUUGGAGGUGGAGGCGGCACAAAGUCUGAAUUAGUGAUAACAUGGGAGCCUGUGCCCGAGGAACUGCAGAAUGGAGAGGGUUUCGGCUAUAUCAUCGCCUUCAGGCCCGUGGGCACAGUUACGUGGACGAGAGCCGUUAUCUCAAAUAUCGGUGUGGCGCGAUAUGUCUUUCGCAACGACACCAUCCCACCCUUCUCGCCUUUUGACGUGAAAGUGGGGGCAUACAACAACCGAGGGGAGGGGCCCUUCAGCUCCAUCGCCACUGUGUACUCAGCAGAGGAAGUCCCCAGUGUGGCUCCUAAGAGGGUUAGGGCUAGAAGUGUGUCUGCAGCACAAAUUGAAGUGAUCUGGGAAGCUCUCCCUGCAAUCCCUGAAAGAGUGCUUGGAUAUGAGGUUGUUUACUGGGAAGAUGACACCAAGCCUGACACUGUUGGCAAAGUACGCAUAUCUGGAAACUACACACUGGUUAACAUCACAGGGCUGAAAGCGAACACAGUGUACUACCUCUCUGUGGCUGCUUUCAAUACAGCUGGCCCCGGGCCGCAGUCAGCACCCAUCAACACCACCACAAAGAAACCACCUCCAGAUCGGGCUCCACUCAAUAUACAAUGGACCAUGAUUGGCUCUACGCUCACACUGCACUGGGAUCCUGUAGUAGCCAUGGAGACAGAGUCAAAGGUCACUGGAUAUUUGGUGCUGCUGAAGAGGCACCGCUACAAUGACAUCAACAGUAUCUUGACCAACAAGACCACUGUGGCGCUCAGCCUUUCUGCCAAUGACAACUAUCUCAUUCAGAUCAAGGCCAUGAGUGAGGGCGGCGAAGGUGUGGGUAGUGAACCUAUCCACAUCCACAAAUUAAGCAUGGGAGCACGGGGCUCAGGAGCGAGUUGUCUCAGCCCAUUGUACCUCUCCGCAGCCCUCAUCAGUGCACUGCUCUGCUCCAUCUGGUGAUGUCUCAUCAGAGCUUACGGAGCGCCAUCCCUCCUCCCCUCCGUCCCCUCAGUCAGCCUGUCCUACGUUAACCCUCCACUGGACUGGCACAAGGCCCGGGCUUCAGUGGCAGGACUGGGAAAGACUGGAAAGGACUGGACUGCACCGAACUCUUAAAGGGACCACGCCACUUCUUUUAAAGGACCAUCAGAUAGAGAUGUGAUGAUUUUGCGUGCAUGAUAUCUUUUGGUAUUUCUUCCAGUGUCAUAAGUGCCACCAUGCUCUAGGUUUCAUUUUUAGAAGUUAUGAUGUCUAUAUGACUCCUUAGUAUCUCUGGAGAUACUAAUGCCUUAAAACCCAUUUUACACGUACAGUCCAUACCAAAGUAGGUGACAAAGGCUGCUUGCUUUAUGGUUUCUUUAACCCUCUAUAAAAAAUGUUUUGUACCAACAAGACUUUAUCUUCUCAAGAUCAACUUCUCAGCAAAAAGAUUAACCUAUAAUCAUUGGUUACAUCCACAUUGUAAUAUCUCAAAAUGAAUCUUAUAGGUCAGCAACAACCAUUAACUAAUAACCACAUCCAUUUUUAUAGCUUUUGCCAGAACAUCCAUUGCAGACUUAAAAGUUGUACCAGGCUUUGUUAAAUAUAUGAAAGAUGCAUAGAAAAUUGAUCAACUGUGCCUAAACCCGACUUAUCUCUGCGUUCAGAAAUUAAAUUAAGUCUGUUCGAGAGCCACAUGCUCCUGAGCUUUAGGCUACCCUACAAUACUCUGAUAGAUCUUGGCAUUUUGCUCUCUAUCUCAUGCUCCUCUAAAUAAUAAAUGCCUAUCACAGUCUGCAUUCUCAGUCUAGUGAAAAAACCGGGAUUGCAGAGAAUAGAGAUGUGUGGUGUUACUAUGUCAAGCAGAUCCCAUGUGUACUGUUCCUUCUCUACAUUUAGAUGACCUGUGUUCUAGAUACGUAUAUCAUAUCACAGAACAUGUACCAUCUACACCCCAGAUGACCAGCUGGCCCAGUGCACAAUAGACUACAGGAUAACAGUGCCUUCACUAGAGCUCUCUCUGAUUUUUUUUCCUCUUUCUUUCCUUUUCAGAUAGCUUAGGAGAAAGAUUCAUGUUGCAGAGCAGGCAUUAUUGUUUGCUUUUUGUUUUCAUAGGAAUUAGUUACAAAGGACAGGAAACUCAGAAUUUAGAGGGAGCCCAUUAUUGGAAAGGGUAUGUUGAUUAAAUUUUCAUUGAGACAAGUACACAGGAGCACCUAAACAAAAUGGGUUGGAAGCUUUAGGAAAGCCGGAAUGGAUUGAGAUAUAUGGUGGAAAUUUUGGUCCCAGUCUUUACGGUCUGUGGUAUAAUAAAUGUAUGACUCCAUCCGUAGCAUAAUUUAUGGGCUAUUAAGGCAUCAGAAUAAUUGAUGCCAAUACCGUGGUGAAGAGGGCCCUGACUGGAAAUGGAGCGAAAGGCAUGGCUGUCAUUUUACAUCCACCCCAUCACUAUCUAUUGGACACGUACCAAACUGAACUGUAACAACAGAACAUUGCUACUCUGCUGAGAGAGCUACUUUUCAUGCCGUUUUAUCAUGAGGAUGGCUCUGUCAAAAGCCACUCAAGUAAAAUCUGAGGUGUGAUUACUGGGGUCCUGACAAUGUUCAUGUGGAUGUGGAAGGAUAUAGUCAAAUGAACUGCUACACAUCACUGUGCCUUUGCUGAACAUGGGGCUGUGUGUGGUCAUUAGCUCGGAGGCUGUCGUCGUCGUCAUCUGUUUUUUGCACUCUAUCCCCCCAACCCCACCCCAAAGACGAAUGAAAGCACAAGGACUUGAUGCAAGGUGACUGGAUGUCCUCACUUAGCCAUAGGAACAGGUGUGCAGACCCCAGAGGCCUCAUAAAAAGUCCAAACGGCCGACAUAAUCAGGCUGUCCUAUCUGCUCCUUGACUGGUUUCAUAAAGCUCUGUGCUCGUUGAUUAGACCACUGCAGACCAGUCAAUGGGAUAUUGAUUUUCCUGCCCCAUUAUUACAGCUGUCACAAUUCAGUUGCUUGAUUGACUGAUGGCCGUGUUCUUAUUGCACUUGUUCUGUUGUGUUACGUUUAGUGAUGUUUUAGAUGCCCUCCACUAUUUUGCUCCCUAUCAGAUGACUUCUUAGGCAUUCUUUUUUUGUUGUGUUUUAAUUUGGUUUUACCAGAAAUCUCACUGUACUUGCCCAAUUUUUCACAGAUUUUACAAGUAUUUUGUAGUGUAGUGGUAGAUUGUGACUUUGAAUUGGAGCAGUGACCUGCAACUGAUUGGCUGGUUGAUUCUUAUGAGUUACACGUCGAAUGUGAAAACUGUUGGCCUGUUGUGCUCCAGCAGUAAUUCUACUGUAUCUGCAUAAAAGCCCAGUCACACCAGGAUUUAAAACAGUGAAAUUUCAUGGCAAAUGUCAGUACACUUUGGGAACAAAGAGCCAGAGAAUCCAAAAUGGAGAAAGCUGACAUAGCUUACUAGCUGUUGGUCCAUCCACUUUUACUCAACCUUUCUUUGUCUAAGUAUAAUACCAUAUACCAUACCAUAUAUACCAUAUACCAUAUUUUGAUGGUAAAAUUAUAUCUAUAAUAAGUAAACUGUAUUUACUGUCGCAUUAGCUAAUGAGCGUGCAAACUGACAGUUUUGGAACUAGCUAGCUUGGAGAGUUUUUUUUUUUCACAGUUCAAUUACUCUUUGCUGAAUUAAUCCUGAGAACAAGAAGUAAAUGGCACAGUACAGAAAUAAUAAUAAAUAAAAUAUAGAGAAAAUAAAAAGAAGCUCAGAAAGCUUUGUGACUGACUGACACAAGGAUGUUCCCAGCUGUCUAGUAUGUAUAGCCACUUGCUCAACAGCCACAGUAGCUAGCUUUUUUCCCCACAAAGAUGUGUGGUUGAAUUUUGCUGUGUCACUUCCUGGUGUGACCGGGCCCCAAAGCAGCUUGUGUGUGCAAAUACUUGAUUCAAGUGGUGUUAAUAUUUCCGUUGAUAUCCAAAUUAGGGUAACGUCAUCGCCAACUGGCAGGCUAAUAGGUUAUUAAUUUACAGUGCUUAAAUGUGUGGCAGUUUCUCAGAGCUUUCUUAUUAUUUACAUAGCUGUAGUUCAGCCUAAUGUUUCUUUCCUCUGCUCUUGCUCACAUAAGAAAGCAAAACUAUUGUUUCUGGCUUUGUGCUUUAAUAAAUACUACAAGUUCAAUCUAAAGGACAUUCAGAAAGUGAUUGGAGCCACCAGCUGUAGUGGUUUGAAAUGCAUUGAUCACAGAAGAACAACAUAUCUAUUUAUAUCCACAAGGUCGGUUCGGUUAGAUUGGUUUCUGUGGUUGUUGUGGCUAGAAAGGAGCAUAUCUGGUGCAGUGUAAAUAGCUUGCAUAUAUUUUUUAAACACGGCCAUCAAAGACAACCUUAUUGCUUUUAUAUAGUGUGUUCUCCGACCUUAAUACUGGUGUAUUAAUCAAUGAUCUCUGUGAGAUACUGACAUGUAGAACGGCAUUUUCAUAUUGAAAAGUAACUGUUUGUCUUGUAUACUAAAAUUGUGCAUGUUAAUCAUUGUUUGUGAAUUUGUGUUUGAUUUUUUCUAAAACUAUAACUUAAUUAAAAUGUUUAUUCCAGCCA